AUGGGAGUCAAACGAUCUCGAUCCGAGGCCCAGGCCGUGGGUGACGACAGCAUGCACCCUUCCAGAAAACGAGCGAGAGACGAGCGAUCGCAUAAGACCAAGCCGCGCAAAGCCGUCGACCUUGAGAACAACACUGCCAUCAAGAAGCGCGCUCGCGCCAUCGAGAGACUGCUGGCGCAUGACCCCGAGAAGCUUCCUGCUCACAAGAAGAGGGAACUGGAGAGAGAAUUGGCCGCUCACAAGCGCCGCAUUGCCGAUGCCCAAUACAAGAAGAUCAGAUCCAAGAUGAUUUCAAAGUACCACAUGGUUCGCUUCUUUGAACGGAAAAAGGCCGUCAGGAUUGCAAAGCAACUCGAGAAGAAGCUGGCGCAAGCGACGAAUGACGACGAGAUUGCCAAGCUCAGAGAAGAUCUUCACAAGGCGCAGGUCGACAUUGACUACGCCAUUUACUACCCUUUUAUGGAGCCCUACAUCAGUUUAUAUGCGAAGCCGGCGGAGGGAGAAGAGGAAAAGGCGGCUCAAUAUUUGCACACAGAGAGACCACCCAUGUGGGCCCUGAUUGAGAAGACGAGAGAGGAGGGCAAGAAGGCACUGGAGAGGCUGCAAAAUCGGAGACCAGCCGAGGAUGCGGAGGAUGAAGGGGCACAAGAUGACGGCAAGAAGAACUCCAAGAAGUCCAAGGCCAAGAAGAAGGAGGAGGAAGAGGAAGAUGGUGGCGGCUUCUUCGAUGAGGCCCACAGCGCACUUACAACCACAUUCGCGCGGCAGACUCUGUGGCUUUUGUUUGACCUCCUCGCAAUGAUCAUCGCCCGUUCCAUUUCCUCGUUUUCUCGAAACUAUUGCUGCCAACUUCGCCGGCUUCACAUCCAAUUGGGACUCUUGUCUUCGUUUGCACACGAGGUCUUACCCCGCCCCACUUUGACAGCCUCGAACACAUAUAGAAGCCCGAAUCCCCCCAAAGCCGUCCGCCUCAUCAGCAUCAUGCCUCCCCCCAGAAAAGCGAAACGCAAACUGGGGCAGUUUGUCAAUGACACGAUAGCUCAAGCUCAGGCAUCUCCGAAAAAGCUCAGACAGAAACUCACUCGCAACCCUGUUGCGCCUAUGAGCACCAUGGCGACAGCAACGGUUUCUUCUUCGGCUGCAAACGACGACGGCAUCGAUUACCAGUCCUUGGCAUUGUUUGUUGAGCAGCAGAUGAAAGACCCGAAACCGAUCACACCUCUCCAACGUAGGGCGCUGACUGAUUUGACUUCUUCUCUCAAGGAUGAAGAGCCUGAUACUGGUGGUCAUGACUGGAUCAGCUUAUUGCAGAGUAUGUCCCCUUUUUCAUGCAUCCCUUUCACUUCAUGUCUUCACAUCACUAACACCAACCCAGGAUACAUCGACGCCCACAAGGCCAGAACCGAAAAUUCCAUCAUCUACAAAGACGAAGCCAUAUCCGCAGCUCCAAGCACAAAAUGGAACUGCAUGCUAAUCUUUUCCCGCUCCAUCGGCUCUCAACCACUUGUUUUUCCCCAGCCAGAGAAGCUCGUCCAGAAUGGCUUCGCCAAGAAGAAGGACGCGAAGAAGUACGCGGCGAAAUGCUGCGUCGAAUGGCUGAUGGCAGAGCGGAUGAUGCCAAAGGAUGGGAAAAGCGUGACGUUCCCCCAUGCCUCGAAUAAGAUGAUGGCUUCGACCAGCAAGAUUUACAGCCCCUUGUCAUCCCAACCGUCAUCCCCCAACACACAUGCUGCUGCUCAAGGGGGACAUUCUUCCUCGGCAACGACAACACCCACCCAGUCAUCCCCCUCUAAACUUCCUCCCCCGCCAAAGCCAACAGACUCGACCACCUCACUACUUGACCCCCCGGGCGGAGCCCCUCUUGACCCUCCACCGGAUGAUGAAGAGAAUGAUACUGCACCAGGGGAAUCACCUUCUAAGAGAGUGGCUGCGCUGUGUGAGAAAUUGGGGUUUCGACCGCCGAGGUAUGUUUUGAUUGCUAGAGCUGGUCAGGUUGCAGUAUUCGAUGGGCAUGCCGACAUGGGGCCUGACAGUUGGAUCAUACCUGAUGGGGUGGGGGAGAAGGGCUUUGGGAGGGUGGAGGGGGUGUAUGGUAAGAAGUUUGCGAAGGAUAUGGUUGCGCAGAAUAUACUGGGUAUUUUGGAACAGGAGGAGAGGAGGAGAGGGGGUGAGGUGAGGGGUGUGCUGGGGGGGGAUGAGUUGGCGGGGAAACUAAUGGGGAUGGGAAAGGGUGUGGUCAAUGUUCGGGGAGGUCGAUGCCGAGAAACUGACCAUGAUGAAAGUUGA